AUGGACAAAGGCAAAGCAGUGAUGGGUACUGGUCGGAGAUGGGCCGUGGAUUUCUCGGACCAAUCUACUGUUCCAUCUUCCCGCGACAUCCUCGAUCCUCCUGGCUUCUCUCGUGCUUCUCCCGAACAGAAAGCAUGGGAAGUAGCGCAGUCUCCGUUUAAGAAUUUGAUGAUGAUGGGAUUCAUGAUGUGGAUGGCUGGAAACACUGUUCAUCUCUUUAGCAUUGGUAUUACUUUCUCUGCUCUUUGGCAGCCUCUCAGUGCCCUCCAGAGUGUUGGAAAGAUUUUUGAGCCAUUCAAGGAUAACAAGGUGGAACUACUUAUGCCGAAACUAGUGUUUCUUGCCCUAAAUCUAGGAGGGCUAGCUUUGGGUAUCUGGAAGCUUAACACUUUGGGGCUUCUUCCAACACAUGCAUCAGAUUGGGUUUCAUCUCUACCCCCUCCUCAGGAGGUUGAACACUCUGGUGGAGGAUUUGCCUUCCAUUGA